CCUCCUCGUCCCGCGGCCGGUCCGGCGCCGGCGUCCAUGGACACAGAGUCCCGCGGGCUGCAGCAGGGGAGCUCGGCCUGCUGGUCGACGGGCGCCGCCGCCUGGGGCUCCUCGCAGCAGAAGCGCCAGCGGUGCGAGGGUUCUUCCAGCGACCAAGUUGGAUCCAGCACGAGUGGCUCUGUGCAGAUGUCUGAACCAGAGCUGCUACCAGAUGCUGAUUAUGUAGACAACGAAGAAGAAGAUUACUAUAUGGAGGACGACGAUGAGGACUGCGAUGAUGAAAACGACGAUGAAUCUGAAUAUGAAUUUGAUGAAGCCGACUUCAAUCAGCAGCUCGCUGAUAAGUUUGACGAUUUAGACCUGCCUCCAGGCGUGGAGGCUACCGUACCGUGGCUGCAGAAAAGUGCAGCCCAGGAAGAGGAGGAGCCCGAAAUAACUGAGGAUGAAAUCACAAGGAAGUAUAAGGCGUUUCCACAGUUCUACACUGUUGAAAAUUUCUCUGACCACCACUAUGCUGACAAAUCGGUGGGAAAGCCAAGCAGAGAUUGGGCAAAGAGAAUUCAACAUGAGUGGAAGCUUUUGGAGAAAGAUCUACCAGCUUCUAUCUUUGUCCGAGUUGCUGAAGAUAGAAUGGAUCUUCUUAGGGCUGCGAUUAUAGGCCCUAAGGGAACGCCCUACCAUGAUGGCCUCUUCUUCUUUGAUGCACAUUUUACUGCUACUUAUCCUUCUCAGCCUCCGUUGGUAUAUUACCAUUCCGGAGGACUUCGACUUAAUCCGAACUUGUACAAUUGUGGAAAAGUCUGCCUUAGCCUCCUUGGUACCUGGAGUGGUAAAGGCUGCGAGACGUGGAACCCAGCUCAGUCAACCAUGCUGCAGGUGCUUGUCUCCAUUCAGGCUCUCAUUUUGAACGAGAAGCCAUAUUUCAAUGAGCCGGGAUGGGCGGGCCAAGCGAAUACUCCAAGUGGAGAACAGCAUUCUAUAGAGUAUAACAAGAACACAUUUCUGCUCUCAUGCAGGACUAUGUUGUAUUCACUUAGAAAACCUCCGCAGUACUUUCCGGACCUCGUCGCCGGUCACUUCCGGGAACAUGGGCGCACCAUUCUCGCAGCAUGCAAACAUUACCUAGAGGGUAAUAUGGUUGGAUCGGUAGUCCCUGAAGAGGAAGAAGGGGGCAAUGGAGCAUCUAGCAGCAACAGUGCACCAAAGCAAGAACCUAGUAGGGUAGAUCCUCUCCUUCGGCGCACACAGUUCUGUGACAGUCUGAAUAAGCUGUUUGAAGAUCUUCUGAUGGAGUUCAACGUGAAAGGCGCUGACACGAGGAAGUUUCUCGAAGAGAAGCUCAAGAAGAACCUGCCUGCAGCCUGAGAAACAUAAAUCGAAGGCUGCUGCGAUUGCAGGUAGAGAUAAUUUGCCUGCUUAGUUGCAGGCUCCGUAAUUAGAGAUAGGAAACAAGGUGUGGGGUAGCUUUCUUUCCUGACUGCAGGGAAGAUUUGUAGAUAGUAGCAACUUUGAGCAAUUGAUGGAACAGGAACUUAUUGACCUGAAGAACGAGAAACUACUGAAUGAAUGAAGUGCCGUUUCGUAUGGCACCGUAUUCAAGUUAA